AUGGGGUUCAACAAGAAGCUCCUCCUCGCCGGCCUCGCUGCCGGCGUCACCGCCUACAUGCUCUACAAGGCGAGCAAGAAGAAGCAGCAGCAACAGCAACACCAGAUCCAGGCACCCGCUCCCUACGGCGGCGGUGCUCAGCAGCCGCAGCAAGCAUCGGCCUACUCGACCGCUCACAACGCAGGCGGCACCGGCGGCCACAAUUCGCACUGGGGCGCAGCCGGGGCCGUGGCGGGGCUCGCGACCGCAGGCGCCGCCUACGCCGCCUACAACCACCAUCAGCAGCAGACGUCGCAGCAGCCGUCGCAGCAGCCGUCGCAGCAGCCUGCUUACGGAGCACCACCCACGUCCGCCGCCCCGUCCGGCGAGGUCACCUGGGAUAUGCUCCGCGACUGGCGUCACAUUGCCAACCUCCUCUCCAACUGUGUCAUGGACCAGUUCCUCUACCCUUGGUGGACGUUUGACUCCGUCGCCCGCCUCGCUACCCACAUCGCCAACACUGGCUCGCUCGUCGCCUGCGCAGACGCGUGGCAGCUGCCCCCCGUGCUGGCCCAGGACCUCGUCAAGCUCGCCCUCUUCGACGUCAUGUUCCUCCUCGACGACAGCGCCAGCAUGCGCUCCGAGCGAAACGUCCGCCCCGACGCGCUCAAGGGCAUCCUCCGCCGCAGCGCCGACGCAGCCGGCCGUUUCGACCAGGACGGCAUGGAGUGCGCCUGGAUGAACAGCGACGUCCACCAGCGCAUCCACACCGCAGACGAGGCGGCACGCCUCACGGACGCGUGCAAGUUCAACGGCAACUCGACCCCCAUGGGCUCGGCGCUCGAGUCCAAGAUCCUCGGCCCGCACGUCCUCGCCAAGGCGUCGUCGGGUGCCCUCCAGAAGCCCGCCCUGAUACUCGUCAUCACCGACGGCAGGCCCACCGGAUCCGCCGAGCGCGGCGACAAGAUUGUCCAGGUGCUCAAGCAGGCCAAGCGCACCCUCGCCGCCACGCGCUACGGCGAGGAUGCCGUCAGCUUCCAGAUUGCUGCCGUCGGCAACGACCGCGACGCCCAGGAGUGGCUCGACAGCAUCGACUCGCACAAGGAAGUGGGCGAGCUGGUCGACGUCUGCUCCGACAUCCGCCAGGAGGCCAAGCAGGUCAAGCGCUCCAUCAACGUCGAGCUGACCGAAGAGCUCUACUGCCUCAAGAUCCUCCUCGGCGGCAUCGACGCCAGCUACGACGCCAGCGACGAGGCCGGCCACACGGCCAAGCACCGCGAGCGCAACCGCGCCGCAAAGGAGGCCCGCUUCGGUCAGGAGGCGGCCGCCUUCCGAGCGGCCAAGGACCAGGCGCUCGGCCCGGUGGGCGCGCCCGCCAGUGCGCUGCCCUCUGCUCCUGCUCCGAACGCGUAUGGUCAAGCAGGAGGCUAUCCUGGCCAGCCGCCGCAGCAGCAGCCCUCGUACCAGCCCUACGGAACUCAGCAGCCCCAGCCUGCGUAUGGACAGCCCCCCGCUCCCUCGCCGUACGGCGGUGCUGCACCUGGAGGCCAGUACGGCGCCCCUCCGCAGCCCCAGGCCCCGUACGGCCAGCCACCGCAGCCUCAGGCCUCCUAUGGCCAACCACCGCAGCACGCCUACGGCCAGCCGCCAGCUGCUGCCCCAUACGGCGGCGGCGGCGGCGGCUUCCCCGACCCAUCGUCGUACAUGCAGACCGCCCCGCCGCCCUACGGUGGUUACGGCGAUAUGAGCCGAGCGGGUGCCGACGCUGGCCCGCCUCAGCCGUGGGGGGGAGCUCAGCCGCAGCCGCCGCAGCAGCCUCCUCAGCAGGGCUUCCCCGCUGGAACCGGGGGCUUCGGCAUGCCCACGCCCAACACCAACGCCUCGCCCUACUCGAGCUACCCGCCGUACUGA